AUGGGGCUAGUAGUGACCGUUGUUGGGUUUACCGGGUACAUCGGAGCUACAAACGAAUCUACAUCUCUACUCAUGGCCUUCUUUGUAUCCGUCCUCAUGCUAGUACUACUUCAAACCGGACUAGCUAUCACCAUAUUCGUAUUCCAAGAGGAGUUGGAGGAACAGAUAACAUAUUCGGCUAGAGAUAAAUUUAGGUUGUACGGAAACCCUAAUGCGUCUAGGAUAGCCACUGAUCCGAUAGACUUUGUACAGAAAGAGCUGCGGUGUUGUGGACUCUCAAAUGGACCUUUUGAUUGGAGUGAUGAAAGUGACAGGUUUGCAAAUUACUGGAUAAGAACCCGGUCUGAAGAUGUGCCGGACAGCUGUUGUGCUGGAUUGAAAGUGUCCAGCAACUGUGGGAAGGGAAUGGCUGUGAGGGAUCCGAAGAAGGGGGCUGUAUACACGAAGGGAUGUCAAACUGUUCUGAUUGACUUUUUCAGGGGUAAUUUUAAUGUAAUGGGAGCGCUGACUAUUGUGCUAGUUGGGGUUCAACUUGCAGGGCUGUGUUUGUACAUCGUGAUAACUGAUCACUGA